AUGGGUGAAGAAGGAGAGAGCAAGAGUGUGACCCUGGAGGACCUGAGGAAGAAGAUGGCUGAGUUUGCAAGGGAGAGGGACUGGGAGCAGUUCCAUAGCCCUAGAAACCUCCUCCUUGCCCUGGUGGGAGAGGUUGGGGAGCUCUCAGAGAUCUUUCAGUGGAGAGGGGAGGUCCCAAAAGGGCUUCCAGGGUGGGGGGAGGAGGAGAAGGAGCACCUGGGGGAAGAACUUUCUGAUGUGCUGCUCUACCUUGUGAGACUGUCUGACAUAUGUGGGAUUGAUCUGGGAAAGGCUGCUCUCAGGAAAAUGGAGCUCAAUGCUCUCAAGUACCCAGUUAACCAGUGCAAGGGCUCUUCUAGGAAACACACCCACUACUCCUCCUCUACUAUUCCCAUCUCCACCAACAUUACUGCUCCCACUCACUGUGAGUGUGAGGAAUCCAACAAAUAG